CUCGUGUGGCAGUGGCUCCGUGAGCUCCGACAGUGUACGAGGUCGAACCAGGAGGACACUUACUCAUUUCAACACAAACUUGCCCAUUGUGUACACUACCGUUUACACCGGAUAAUACGACAUCUUAUAUUACUGAAUCUGUGUUAAACCCGUGCUUUUACCUGUGCUUCGCGACCAGCCCGGCCUGGAAGCUUUUUCCUUUCUUUACCCUUGGAAAACACAUCAAAAAAAGAAGAGUGUGGAAAGAAGGCGCAUCUGUUUUGUUAUUAUUUCUUCCCUUAUGGAUCCGAAAGGAUUUUUCCGGAUUUAGCGCACCGUCGGACGCUGAUGAAGUGGAAAAACAACGUUUACACGUCGCGACAACAGAAAAUCAUUCCGUGUGUUUUGUUAUUGCUGUAAAAACAAUAAUUUUUUUUUGGUGAUUAUGAAAUCGACGAAGCAUCCGACCUUUUGCGUCGUUCCAGCCGGAUUAUGAAGAUGAAAAUAAGAAGUGUGAAUGAAGGGAAGAAGAUGUGAUCUCGCAAUGCCCGUUUCCUGUAGUAUAAUGUUGGGAUGGGUAUUCGCCCUUUUCUUGGCAUGCUCGGCGGAAAGUAAUAUUGUGAAAGUGUUCAAAGAUCCGAGUGGACUUCCAGAUACGAAGUUUAAUAAUUUAGUCGUAGAUAAAAAUACCGGCCGUGUGUUCAUCGGUGCGGUCAACCGUCUUUAUCAGUUGUCGCCGGAUUUAGAUUUAGUCGUGGCGGAGACGACGGGUCCGAAAGAAGAUUCGCCCGACUGUUCCGUCGUUGAUUGCCCAUCGACGAUCGUCAAAAAGUUAAUGGACAAUGUCAACAAGGCGCUUGUCAUCGAUUAUACGACGACGAGGCUCAUCGUCUGUGGCAGCCUAUUCCAGGGUAUAUGCUCCGUUCGAAAUUUGAACAAUAUUUCCGACGUGACGCAGGUGGUGAAAGAAGCGGUCGUCGCAAACAAUGCGACGGCGUCCACCGUGGCUUUCAUCGCUCCGGGACCUCCGAAUCCUCCCGUCACUCAGGUCAUGUACGUCGGCGUCACCUACACGAACAACUCGCCGUACCGGAGCGAAGUGCCGACCGUCUCCUCCAGGAGUCUGGACAAGGACAAAAUGUUCAUGAUCGCCCAGUCGGCCGUGACGACGGGGACGAGGAUGUUCGUCAAUUCCCUGGCCCGGGAGCGAUACCCUAUUAAUUACGUCUACGGUUUCGCCUCCGAAGGUUUCAGCUAUUUCUUGACGACGCAGAUGAAGCACAGCAAUCCGUCUCCGUACAUAUCGAAACUGGUGAGAGUCUGUCACGACGACGACGACUAUUACUCCUACACAGAAAUACCGAUCGAAUGUAUAGACAGCGAAGGCAAGAAAUACAAUUUAGUCCAAGCCGGUUACGUCGGUAAACCUGGAUCGGAUCUCGCGUCCAGCCUCGGGAACACGGCCCAGGACGACGUCCUGUUCGCGGUAUUUUCGGAAAGUGAACAACUGGAAGGAGAAGGUUCUAGUAGACCUAGCCACUUCAGUGCCCUUUGUGUCUAUUCACUAAAGGCAAUCAGGAGGAAAUUCAUGCAGAACAUCAAAACUUGCUUCAGCGGACUCGGAAGCAGAGGUUUGGAUUUCAUCUCGCCGAGUCAUCCCUGCAUUCCAACGAAACUUCAGACGAUAGGAGAGGACUUCUGCGGUCUCGAUGUGAACACUCCGCUGGGAGGAGAGACCCCGAUGACUGCUGUGCCCGUCCUCCUGGUCAACCAGCAUCUCACAGCCGUAGCGGCCACUUCGACCGGUGACUUCACAGUCGUUUUCCUAGGCACCAGCGACGGCCGACUCAAAAAGGUUGUUGUUGAAAGUAUGACAUCAGCAAUUGAAUAUGGCCAAGAAGUUGUCAACGAGAGCUCUGCGGUUAAUGCUGAUCUGCAUUUUGACUCCCAGUACAUGCAUCUGUAUGUCAUGACAGAAAAACAGGUUGCGAAGGUUAAGGUACAGGAUUGUAGUGUGUACAAAACCUGUUUAGAUUGCCUCGGUGCUAAAGAUCCUUAUUGUGGAUGGUGUUCACUUGAAAAUAAGUGUAGCCUAAAGAGUGAUUGUCAGGAUGCAGGGAGAGAUGCCCUUUAUUGGAUCUCGUAUAAAAGUGGCAAAUGCACAACAAUCACUUCCGUGUCGCCAAAUGAACUGCAAAGAACAACUGCCAGAACACUUGACCUAGCUAUAGAAAAUCUUCCUUCAUUAAAUGGACAAUUUUUGUGUGCAUUUACUGCAUUGGACAAGACUCUUGUAACAAAAGCUACAAGAAAGCCUAACGGUGCUUCUGGUGUUAACUGCACCACGCCAAGAACCGACUUACUGCCAUCUAUACCACCUGGACAACAUCACUUUACAGCUAAACUUUCUGUGCGUAUGACAACGGGACCAGACUUCGUUGAAACAGAUUUUACGUUUUUUGAUUGCAACACGUAUGUAUCAUGUACGCAGUGCGUCUCUUCACCUUUUCCUUGCGAUUGGUGUGUUGACGGUCAUAGAUGCACGCAUGACACUGCUGAAAAUUGCCGCAAUGAUAUUUUGGUCACAGGAGUCAAUCGCAUCGGUCCAAGUUACAGAAGCGGUCCUGGUUUCUGUCCGACAAUUAAUGCAACAACUGGAGGCUCGACGGAAAUUCUUGUUUCAGCUGGUGUCAAGAAAAGCUUAAGAGUCAAAGUUCAUAUUAUCGGGCAAUUCAUUGUCCAAACAAGAUUUGUAUGUCAGUUUAAUAUUGAAGGACGUGUUACAAGUGUAAAUGCCAAUAUCUUGGGUGAUAUAAUUUAUUGUGAAUCCAUGGAAUUUUCUUAUACGUCGAGGGCUCCAAACAUUACUGCUACAUUUGCUGUGAUAUGGGGAGGUUCAAAACCACUGGACAACCCAGAUAACAUCCAUGUUGUCAUAUAUCGAUGUCGAGAUAUGGCUGAUAAUUGUGGUAUGUGCUUGGCCCUUGGGGAAAAGUUCGGAUGCGGAUGGUGCCAGAGUUCGGAUAGAUGUGAAGUCCAAGAGCAGUGUGACAGGAAUGGAGGAGCAGUCUGGCUAAACAGAAACACAACAUGUCCAAAUCCCGAAGUGACGUCAUUUUCUCCACGCCUCGGUCCCUGGGAGGGCGGUACAAAUAUAACCAUAACAGGAAUUAACCUGGGGAAAACAUUCAAAGACAUAUAUGGAGGCGUCAGUGUUGCCGGAAUUCCCUGCGAGCCUUAUGAGCAUUUAUACGUCAAAACAACACAGAUUGUGUGUCGAGUCGAUGGACCGGGAACACCGGAGGUACGAACAGGUCUGGUCGUCGUUAAAGUUGAAGAUUUCAGGGGUAACUCGAAACAAAGUUUUGAGUUCGUCGAUCCAGUAAUCCACAGUAUUUCGCCCAAAUUUGGGCCCAAGUCUGGUGGCACUAUGUUGAAAAUUAGAGGCCAGUUCAUGAAUGCCGGAAGCUCAAUUCAGGCAUUUAUCGAUAAUUUGCCUUGCAAAAUUGUCAAAACUGAGUCUGCUGUGGCUUAUUGUAUUACGAGUGCAUCAAAGAAGACCAAAUCUGGACAGCUUCGAAUGAAAUUCGAUAAAGGCGAUCGACUACACGAUAAAGAAAAAUACGAAUAUGUUGAAGACCCUACAAUUGACUCAGUGGAAUCUGGAGUUACUGCUGGACAGAUAAAAAUUCCAAAAGGUAUUCCCGCUGGUGGUAUUCGAAUAUCAGUCACAGGAAAGAACUUGAACUGUGUUCAACAGCCACAAAUUUAUGUUAUAUACGACAACAUUACUUAUUUAAGUAAUUGCACGGCUCAAUCCAACACGUCUAUGCUAUGUAGAUCACCGAAAGUCAAUAUUCCGAGCAAUUUGGAGCUUGACGCAGAAAACCCUCUACAGCUGGAAUACGGCUUUAAAAUGGAUAAUGUACUUGGUGUUCAGAAUCUUUCACAACAGCAUGGAAAUUUCCUUCUAUAUCCGAAUCCAGUUUACGACCGGUUUGACGAAGAAAUUAAAUAUUACAAGUCUGAUUAUCUGACAAUUAAUGGGCAACAUUUAGACAGGGCUUGUCAGGAACUCGAUGUGGUUGUAAAAAUAGGAAGCAGUUAUUGUAAUGUGACUUCUUUAUCAAGACAGCAACUUACUUGUCGUCCACCAGUAGAGCAACCUCCAGUCGAUGGUACUUUAGGCCUAAAGGGAGGCACUCUUCCUCAAGUUGUGGUCAUCGUCGGUGGAGAUUUACAGUACGUAAUUGGUCAGUUGAGCUACGCUUCACCUGCUGAAUUAACUGGACCGCUAACUAAACCAGCAAUUUUUGGUGUAAUUGCUGGCAUCGUUUUACUCCUCCUCAUAUUUUUUGCAUUCUUAAUAGCCUACAGGCGAAAAUCGACAGAGAGCAAUAGAGUCCUUAAAAACAUGCAGGAACAAAUGGAUAUACUUGAAUUACGCGUAGCUGCUGAGUGUAAAGAAGCUUUUGCGGAGCUUCAGACAGAAAUGACAGAUUUGACUGCAGAUUUAACUGCUGGAGGCAUUCCAUUUUUGGACUAUCGCACAUACGCGAUGAAGAUUCUCUUUCCAAAUAUAGAAGACCACGCUGUCCUUCAGUGGGAACGUCCUGAGCUAGCAAGAAAGGAAAAGGGCCUUCGAUUAUUCGGCCAGCUCAUUUUAAAUAAAACAUUUCUUUUGUUAUUUAUUAGAACUUUGGAAAGCAAUAGAUACUUCUCUAUGAGAGAUCGAGUUAACGUUGCCUCCUUGAUCAUGGUUACACUUCAAAGUAAAAUGGAUUACUGUACUGAUAUAUUAAAGACUUUACUCGCAGAAUUGAUUGAAAAAUGCAUGGAAGGGAAAAGUCACCCAAAACUCCUUUUACGCAGGACUGAAAGUGUCGCUGAGAAAAUGUUGUCGGCUUGGUUUACGUUCCUCCUCUAUAAAUUUCUGCGUGAAUGUGCUGGUGAACCUUUGUACAUGUUAUUCCGAGCCAUGAAGCAUCAGGUGGAUAAAGGACCAGUCGACUCGAUCACAUCAGAAGCGAGAUAUUCAUUGAGCGAAGAAAAACUCAUUCGACAGUCUAUUGAUUUCAAAACAAUGACUGUACAUGUAUCAAUUUCCCAACAGACAGUAUUUGUGACAGGAUUGGAUCCUAACACAGAAAACGUUCCUGUUAAAGUAUUGGAUUGCGACACUAUAACACAAGUGAAAGAAAAAGCUUUAGAUACAAUUUAUCGUGCUACUCCUUAUAGCCAAAGACCUAGAAAGGAAGAAUUAGAUCUCGAAUGGAGAACAGGAACUUCAGGAAGAUUAAUUUUAUAUGACGAAGAUUCAACUACAAAGACAGAAGGUGAAUGGAAAAAAAGAAAUACUCUUAAUCAUUAUCGGGUACCUGAAAGUGGAUGCCUAAAUCUAGUCUCUCAACAAUCAAUUCCAUCAAAUCUUUCUAUAUUAUCUGAAAAAACCGAUAAAGGUCAUAAGUACGAGACUUUGAACCUUUCUAAGUUUAGUUCUGCGAGUCCUCCAUUAAGCAGAGCUACUUCUCCUCUCAACAACGACCACGACAGUGGAUUGAAAGUCUGGCAUUUAGUGAAACAUCACGAUUCUGAUGCUCAAAAGGAAGGAGAAAGGGGCAAUAAAAUGGUGUCAGAAAUUUAUCUCACUAGGCUACUAGCAACAAAAGGCACCUUGCAAAAGUUUGUUGAUGAUCUUUUUGAGACAAUCUUUAGUACAGCACAUCGUGGAAGUGCAUUACCUUUGGCUAUAAAAUAUAUGUUUGACUUUCUUGAUGAUCAAGCCAUUCAACAUGGAAUUACUGAUCCUGAAGUGGUUCAUACGUGGAAGAGCAAUAGUUUACCACUGAGAUUUUGGGUUAAUUUAAUUAAAAAUCCUAAUUUUGUAUUUGAUAUUCACAAGUCAAACAUUGUUGACUCUUGCCUGUCAGUGGUCGCACAAACUUUUAUGGACUCUUGUUCAACAUCAGAUCAUCGACUAGGAAAAGAUUCUCCAAGUUCAAAACUUCUGUACGCUAAAGAUAUUCCUGUCUAUAAGGAGUGGGUAGAAAGAUAUUACGCUGAUAUUAAAGUGAUGCCUGCAAUUUCUGAUCAAGAUAUGGGUGCUAUGCUUGCUGAAGAGUCGAGGCUCCAUUCUUCAGAAUUCAACACAAACUGUGCUCUUCAUGAACUUUAUACAUAUGCAAUGAAAUAUAAUGAACAGUUAACUGUGACCCUAGAAGAAGAUGAAUUUUCACAGAAACAACGGCUAGCUUACAAAUUAGAGCAAGUACACAACAUAAUGAUUGCAGAAACGCAUCAAUGAAGGAAGGCAGAUUACGUCUGCAUAUAGUUUGCUCAAUCGUCAGUUAGGGACAAGGAAUCUUCCCAGAAGUGCCUCAGUAGUGUUUCUGCUGAAACAUAGUGUGUGUGUACAGUGAUGCCAUGUUAUACCACCGAGACAUAAGUCUGAGAAUUUAUCUUUAUUUUUGGCAUAGAUAAUUCAUUUCCUAUACCUACAUAUCUCAACCACUUAUGGGACACAAAGUGAUGAGAUUUUUUUCUCCAAAAGUACAGUGAACUUGUAGGCAAUUUGUAAAAAAAAAAGAAAAAGAUAGAUAAAUUCUCAGUUUUUUGCUGAGAUAUUGUUCAUAAAGAAUUGGUGGUCACAAAGACGCUUAUGCGAGAAAAAAAUUUUUACCUUCCCUCAUCCCUGGUUGUGACACCUUCCCUUACCGUAUUUUAUAUAUGUACUUAACUGUUGAAUGUUUUGUAUUUCCUGUUGUACAAUUGAUGUUAUUUAUAAUGUGCUUAAACAACCAUAUCGAGUUAUUAAUGUAAUAUCUUUACAAAUUUUAACCGUUGUACAUGCUGCAUAAACCUUGUGAGUAAUGUUACUGUUUUAACAUGCUCCACCCUUCUAGUAAGGCAAAAAAAAAAAAAA